CACGGACCAAACCUUCCGAUACCGGGGAGCAGUUGUCGGUGGAGGACCGCGGGGGAGCGGGGAGCGUCGGUGGAGGACCGCGGGGGAGCGGGGCAGUGUCGGUGGAGGACCGCGGGGGAGCGGGGCAGUGUCGGUGGAGGACCGCGGGGGAGCGGGGCAGUGUCGGCGGAGGACCGGGAGAAGGGGAGCGCUGUCGGCGGAGGACCGGGAGAGGGGGAGCGCUGUCGGCGGAGGACCGGGAGAGGGGGAUGUCGGAGGGUCCCAGGAGCGGCGCUGUUUGGGGAGACGAGCUGCCUGCACCUCGUGGCCGGACCUGAUUUACCCCCGUCUCCGCUCGGUGGCCCCGUUUCAGUUCUGUUCCGCAUCUCCGGUCUCCUGCUCCGGUUCCUCGGAACCACCCGCAGUUGCACAAUGCCAAAACGGCGGCUGGAGGCGGAGACAGAACCUCCUACCAAGAAGGGUCGAGGUUCGGGCAAGACCAAGAACAAGGACGAGGCCCCGGCCCCAGCCCCAGCCCCAGCCCCCACUGAUGGCACCGGCACCUUCGAAGACAGUCCGGACCGAUCACUGACCCAGGACGGCCAGCCCAGCAACCUGAGGAUCUGCUCCUGGAACGUCGACGGGCUGCGGGCCUGGGUCAAGAAGAACAGCCUUGAGUGGGUCUGCUCCGAGAAUCCGGAUGUCCUGUGCCUCCAGGAAACCAAGUGCUCGGAGAAGCAGGUGCCUGAGCAGGUGAAGGACCUGGCCGACUACCCCCACCAGUACUGGGCCUCCUGCCAGACCAAGGACGGCUACAGUGGUGUGGCGAUGCUCUGCAAGACCAAACCACUCAACGUCACCUUCGGAAUCGGAGUCGAGGAGCACGAUGAGGAAGGCCGGGUCAUCACCGCGGAGUUCAGCAAGUGCUUCCUGGUCACAGUCUACGUACCGAACUCUGGCCGGGGGCUGGUGCGGUUGGAUUAUCGCAAGUCGUGGGACAAGGACUUCCUCGCCUACCUCAAGGGGCUGGAGAGCAAGAAGCCACUGAUCGUCUGCGGGGACCUCAACGUCGCCCACCAGGAGAUCGACCUGAAGAAUCCCAAGACCAACAAGAAGUCGGCUGGCUUCACCCAGGAGGAGAGGGACGGCUUCAGCACCCUGCUGUCCGAGGGCUUCGUGGACACCUUCCGGCACCUCAACCCCGACGUUCCCUAUGCCUACACCUUCUGGACCUUCAUGGGCAACUGCCGGGCCAAGAACGUGGGCUGGCGGCUGGAUUACUUCCUGCUGUCCCAGGCUCUGCUCCCCCAGCUGUGCGACAGCAAGAUCCGCUCCAAGGCGCUGGGGUCUGACCAUUGUCCCAUCACCUUGCUGAUGGCCCUCUGAGAACCCGCCAACCUCGCCUCGCCCUGCUGAUGGCCCUCUGAGGCCCCAAUCUGUCCCCGUCAGCCUCCCAUUACCUUGAGGCCCUAGCGGCCUCUGCCACCAACUUCCUGUCAUCCCGAGACCCCUGUCCUGCUAAUGGAUCUCCAAGAGCCUCACUGCCCUCCCCGUCCUGCUGAGGCAGACCCCAUCCAUCCAUCAGCCCUCCCCCUCAGGGGUGCCGGGGUUUGUCCAUCACCCAGCGACCCUUCCCCUCUCCAUCACUCCCGCUCAAGCACCAGAGCUGGGAGACCCUCGUAUGUUGAAAGGAGGUGGCCAAGAGAAUCUUGUCCAGGUCAGCUGUGGCUUUACCACUUGGGGUACAGUUUACCCUGGGAACAGGUGGGGGUGGGGUAUCCUGGGUUCAGUUUGGGCAUGAGGUUGGGGUACGGUUUGCCUCAGGUCCCUGCGUUUGGACAAGUUUCCUGUCGCCACCGAUUUCUCCUCGUUGGUUUGAUCUCGCCACCUCUUUUAAGCAACAUGCCGACUGGGUUUUUUUUCUGAAACGUCAUUUUACAGGAGCUGCAUUUCUGCGGCUGUGGUCCAGGGAGGCUGUCUAGGAGAGCAAGGUCCUGGUUUAAGUGGAGACGUCCCCUCUACUGUGGUGUAACUCAGCACCAGGUGCUGUUCAGUGGUGCUUUUGCUUGAAAUGUGUUUGGGACUGAAUCACGUUAAUAAAACAGACCCGUUUUUAGAAA